CCCCCUCCCCUCCCCUUCUCUCUCUCUCUCUCUCUCUCACCGCCAAAUCAGUCUGUUACAUUUGCCUUUUCUUCUUUAUUUUCAUGAAUAUUCACACAUUUUUCGCUGUUUAAACCCUAGUUUAUACUGAAAAAACGCACAGAAAGCGAAGGAAAGAAAGAUUUCUCUGUUUCUUGAAGCUUCUCUUUAAAUAGCUAUUUUGGGCUGAACAGAGUGGUGUACCGUAGUAGAGAAAGAGGGUGAUACAGUGGGAGAGAGGUAAAGAAGAGAAUUGCUGUAUGUCAGUAGAUUGUUUAGAGACUUACCUUGGUGGAAUUGGCGAGCUCGCGAACCCCCUGCAAUGGCCUCAACUACGAAAAAGACGACGCCUCAUUCUCCUCCUCGUUCGUGUUGCGUCUCUUCAAGUGAUUCUGCUUCCGUUCGUCGCGAGGCUGCUCCUGCGCCGUCGUCCGUGGUGCCGCAAGAUUGGAGCGAUCGCCGCCUCGAGGAUCAGCUCGGCGAGAAGGCUGCCAUCACGUCCUUGAGUCGCCCUGUCGAUUCACUUCCCGAACCUUCCACAAACGCCGCCCCCAAAGCUGGCAUUCCAGUCAUGUUGAGGGCUCAAACCAGUCAUCCUUUGGAUCCUUUGUCUGCUGCUGAAAUCUAUGUGGCAGUGGCAACUGUCCGGGCUGCUGGAGCCACUCCUGAGGUCAGAGAUGGCAUGCGGUUCAUUGAGGUGGUUCUUUUGGAACCAGAUAAACAUGUUGUUGCGCUGGCAGAUGCAUAUUUCUUCCCCCCUUUCCAACCAUCCUUGCUUCACAGAACAAAAGGUGGUCCUGUAAUUCCUGCCAAGUUGCCUCCAAGGAGAGCUAGGCUGGUCGUUUACAACAAAAGGUCAAACAAGACAAGUAUAUGGAUUGUGGAGCUAUCUGAAGUACAUGCCGUAACUCGAGGUGGACAUCAUAGGGGAAAAGUAAUUUCGUCACAAGUAGUUCCUGAUGUUCAGCCUCCCAUGGAUGCUGUUGAAUAUGCUGAAUGUGAAGCUGUAGUAAAAGACUUCCCUCCAUUUAGAGAGGCAAUGAGGAAAAGAGGUAUUGAAGAUAUGGAACUUGUAAUGGUUGAUGCCUGGUGUGUUGGUUAUCACAGUGAUGCCGAUGCUCCAAGCAAAAGACUUGCCAAACCUCUUAUAUUCUGCAGAACUGAGAGCGACUGCCCAAUGGAAAAUGGUUAUGCACGCCCAGUUGAGGGCAUCUAUGUACUUGUUGACAUGCAGAACAUGAAGGUGAUUGAGUUUGAAGAUCGUAAACUUAUUCCCUUACCUCCAGCUGAUCCAUUAAGGAAUUAUACCCCUGGUGAGACAAGGGGGGGUGUUGAUCGAAGUGACGUGAAACCUUUACAAAUUGUUCAGCCUGAAGGUCCAAGCUUUCGUAUCAAUGGGUACUUUGUUGAAUGGCAAAAGUGGAAUUUUCGUAUUGGAUUCACUCCUAGAGAGGGUUUGGUUAUACAUUCUGUUGCAUAUGUUGAUGGUAGCAGGGGGCGGAGACCUGUUGCCCACAGGUUAAGCUUUGUAGAGAUGGUUGUGCCUUAUGGAGAUCCAAAUGAUCCUCAUUAUCGGAAAAAUGCCUUUGAUGCUGGGGAAGAUGGCCUUGGUAAAAAUGCACAUUCUCUUAAAAAGGGAUGUGACUGUUUGGGCUAUAUCAAAUACUUUGAUGCCCACUUUACAAACUUCACAGGAGGUGUUGAAACAAUUGAAAAUUGUGUAUGCUUGCACGAAGAGGAUCAUGGAAUUCUAUGGAAGCAUCAAGACUGGAGAACUGGAUUAGCAGAAGUACGAAGGUCCAGACGGCUCACAGUGUCUUUUAUAUGUACAGUUGCUAAUUAUGAGUAUGGAUUCUAUUGGCAUUUCUAUCAGGAUGGCAAAAUUGAGGCAGAAGUUAAACUUACAGGAAUCCUCAGCUUAGGAGCAUUGCAACCUGGAGAAACUCGAAAAUAUGGCACAACCAUCGCUCCAGGUCUAUAUGCCCCGGUUCAUCAACAUUUCUUUGUUGCUCGUAUGAACAUGGCUGUAGAUUGCAAACCUGGUGAAGCUUUCAAUCAGGUUGUUGAGGUGGAUGUUAAGGUUGAGAAGCCUGGGGAGAACAAUGUCCACAAUAAUGCAUUUUAUGCUGAAGAGACGUUGCUUAGAUCUGAAUUGCAAGCAAUGCGGGACUGUAAUCCUUUAACUGCACGCCAUUGGAUUGUGAGAAAUUCUAGAACUGUCAAUAGGAUGGGACAGUUAGCAAGUUACAAGCUGGUGCCUGGUUCAAACUGUUUGCCAUUAGCUGGUCCUGAGGCCAAGGUGUUGAGAAGAGCUGCUUUUUUGAAGCAUAAUCUUUGGGUUACACCUUAUGCACAUGAUGAGAUGUUUCCUGGAGGAGAAUUCCCUAACCAAAAUCCACGUGUUGGAGAAGGACUUGCUACAUGGGUGAAGCAGAAUCGGUCUUUGGAAGAAACUGAUAUAGUUCUUUGGUAUGUUUUUGGAAUCACUCAUGUUCCUCGGUUGGAAGACUGGCCAGUAAUGCCUGUAGAGCGCAUUGGUUUUAUGCUAAUGCCGCAUGGGUUCUUCAACUGCUCUCCUGCCGUGGAUGUCCCACCCAAUGCGUGCGAAUUGGAUACCAAAGACACUGAUGUCAAAGACAAUGGCGUAGCCAAGCCUCUUCAGAGUGGGUUGCUGGCAAAGCUCUGAAUAUCUUCCAAAUGGAUUCUAUGCUAGAAAGCAACUUGAUAAAGUAGCGUUUUCUCCUCCCGCCAUCCAAUCGCAGCAUUGGCAACUAGGCAAUGAGCCUGAUCAUUGUUAGUGGUUUUUGCACAUCAGGAUAUAUAUAUAUAUAUAUAUAUAUAUAUAUUUCUUUGGGUAUAAUUAUCAGGAUUUGCUUUGUGAAUUGAGGUUUGAUCUGGAACUUUUUAUCUGACUAUAUGUUGAUAUAUUGUGGAUUUGAGUGUGAUUUAGUUGAUUAAACGAAUAAAAGAAUGUUUUUAAUUA